AUGGUAUCUAUUAACACAUUGAACGCGAUUACUAAACAAGUAAGUAUCUAUGGGUAUUCAAUCGUACUAAUUGCUGGGAUUAUCGGUUCAAUAGCCAACCUAUACGUCUUUUCUCGCAAACGUUUCCGUCAAAGUCCGUGUUCAUGUUAUAUACUUGUUGCGAGUGUAUUCGACUUUUUCAAUAUAUCAUUUUCCGUGACAACGCGAUUACUAGCGGAUGGAUUUGAUAUAGAUCCCUUUGCAAACAAUUCGGUCGGAUGUCGAGUUCGAACCUAUCUAGCAUUUGUUUUUUCUUUUACUACGGUUGGUUGUCGUUGUUUAACAAUGAUUGAUCGAUACUUUUGUACCUCGCGAUCGGUACAGAUACGAAAUCUCAGUACGAAAAAGUUAGCUCGUUGUCUUCUAUUCGUGAAUUGUCUAACCUGGAUGUUAAUUGGCAUUCCAGUGCUAAUUGUGUUCGACUCGAUUCGAGUCAAUUCAAAGAAAAUGACUUGCAAUACAUUAAAUCGACAAUUUACGGAUUACUUUUCAUUUUUUCUCAAUCCAGUUGUUUAUUUUUUCGUUCCCUUGAUAAUCAUGAUUGUAUUCUCCGUAUUAACAUAUCGAAAUCUUCGACUGAUGAACCCAUUAUCCUACUCACGAACAAAACAGUGUACAAUUAUGAUUAUUGUGGAAAGUUGUCUGUUUGCCAUCUCAUCUAUUCUACAUGGCACACGAUUUAUGUAUAUAGUUUUAGCGAUCGACUUGAAAAGAGACGCAUAUCGAGCGGCUCAAGAGAAUUUCUUCUAUCAAAUCAGUCGGAUCACGUUUUUCUUCAAUUCAGCAUUCGCAUUUUAUGUUUAUUUUUUCCUAUCGAAAGACGUUCGAUCGGUCGUGAAAGGUAUUUUUCGACAAAAGCGAAAUCGUAUCAUUCCAGUGGCUCUUAGUGUGCGAUACAUGCUCAAAUCGCAAAUGCAACGAUAG